AUGAAGUACAUCCAAACCGAGCAGUCUGUGAACAUCCCAGAGAAUGUCACCGUGGCCAUCAAGUCGAGAGUCGUGAAGGUCACUGGUCCAAGAGGUACUUUGACCAAGAACUUGAAGCACAUUGACGUUACCUUCAACAAGGUCACCGACAGAUUGAUCAAGGUUACCGUUCACAACGGUGACAGAAAGCACGUUGCCGCUUUGAGAACCGUCAAGUCUCUUGUCGACAACAUGAUCAUUGGUGUCACCAAGGGUUUCAAGUACAAGAUGAGAUACGUGUACGCCCAUUUCCCCAUCAAUGUCAACGUCAUUGAGAAGGACGGUGCCUCCUUCAUUGAGAUCAGAAACUUCUUGGGUGACAAGAAGGUCAGAGCCGUCCCAGUCAGAGAGGGUGUCUCCAUCGAGUUCUCCACCGCGCAGAAGGACGAGAUCGUUCUUUCUGGUAACUCUGUCGAGAACGUCUCCCAGAACGCCGCUGACUUACAACAGAUCUGCCGUGUCAGAAACAAGGAUAUCAGAAAGUUCUUGGACGGUAUCUACGUCUCCUCCAAGGGUGUGAUCGACGAAGAGGCAUAA